AUGGCGCCAGGAUAGGAAGUAGAAAAAUGGUAUGCUGAUUUUCAAGAGUUUCAGAGUUUGAGAGUUGAGAAGAGGUAAUACUCCAUUUCCAUUCCCAUUAUCCCAUUAUCCCAGAAUCCCAAUCGAUGGAGCAGACAGAGGUCGGCAACAAGCAGAUCAUUUUGAAAAAUUACACUGACCAGAUUCCCAAAGAGACUGAUUUGGAACUGAGGCAUGCCAACAAAAUCAAGCUCAAGGUACCAAAAGGGUCUGGAGCUUUCUUAGUCAAGAAUCUUUACCUGUCUUGUGAUCCUUACAUGAGAGGCCGCAUGAGAGACUUUCAUGAUUCCUAUUUGCCUCCAUUCACUCCUGGCUCUGUCAUCGAAGGGUUUGGAGUGUCCAGAGUUGUGGACUCUGACAACCCCAAUUUCAAGCCUGGUGAUUUAAUAGCUGGGGUAACUGGUUGGGAGGAGUACAGCUUGAUUUACAGAGCCCAGCAAUUGAGAAAAAUUCAACAUCAAGAUGAUAUCCCUCUUUCUUUUCAUGUGGGUCUUCUUGGUAUGCCUGGUUUUACUGCUUAUGCUGGAUUUUAUGAGGUUUGUUCCCCCCAAAAAGGGGAAACAGUUUUGGUCUCUGCAGCUUCUGGAGCUGUUGGUCAGCUUGUUGGCCAACUUGCUAAAUUACAUGGCUGCUAUGUAGUUGGAAGUGCUGGGUCAAGCCAAAAAGUUGACCUUCUGAAGAAUAAGCUUGGAUUCGAUGAAGCUUUUAAUUACAAAGAAGAGCCAAAUCUGGAUGCAGCUUUGAAAAGGUACUUUCCAAAGGGAAUCGACAUCUUCUUUGAUAAUGUGGGAGGUGAUAUGCUAGAUGCAGCGCUUCUCAACAUGAGAAUCCAUGGGAGGAUUGCCAUUUGUGGGAUGGUGUCUCAGACUAGCCUUUCCAAUCCCCAAGGAAUUCACAACAUGUACGCUCUCAUAACAAAGCGCAUCACCAUGAAGGGUUUCCUGCAGAGUGAUUACUUGCACCUAUUCCCACGUUUCGUGGAAGAUGUCUCCAGUUACUACAAGCAAGGGAAGAUUGUUUAUAUUGAAGACAUGAACCAGGGCUUGGAGAGUGCUCCAGCUGCCUUUGUUGGGCUAUUUUCUGGGAAAAAUGUUGGCAAGCAGGUCAUCUGUGUAGCGCCUGAAUGAUUUUCUCGUGUAACCCUUGGACUGUCCAGUUGAAGCAAACUUAAAGCUUUCUGAAGAUUCAAUUGGAGGGCAAAUUUUGGCAAGGAAGUUACGGAAAAUCUAGCUUGUCUCUGUAACCAAGGUUGGUUGAGAUUUCUGUUGAGAACUCAAAAUACAUUGUUCUGGUCUAAAAAUAAGUAUAAACAGAGAUCCAUAUUGAACCACUGGGUUAGUUAUUCAUGGUAUCA